GAAUAACUGCUAUAAAAAUUAAUAGAUUGAAUCAAAAUUUCGCAUAAGUUGAAAAUAAAUUUUGCACAUACCGCAACCCAUGUAACACCGUUAAAAGUCUAAUUGUAGUGUUUGCAACAACAAGACUCACCCACUAUAAAAAACUUUGUGAUUUUGGCAACCCGGCAUUGCCUUUUUAUUGUUCUCCUCUUUUCUAAGCGGCUUCGUCGCGUGUAGAUUGUGAAAAUUGUGUGUUUUCAAUAUCGUGCGAAAACUACAAAUCGAAAUGGCUGCAGACCAGGCACAGUUCCAACAGCUCCUCAACUCCUUGUUGUCCAUGGACAAUGAAGUUCGGAAACAGGCCGAGGAUGCGUAUAACAAUUUGUCGCGCGAGUUGAAGGUAACACACCUGCUGGGCAACAUUCACAAUGGCCAACAAUCUGAGGAAGCUCGUCAAAUGGCCGCCGUUUUGCUGCGUCGUCUCUUCACAUCCGAUUUUAUGGAGUUUUACAAAGAGCUACCUAUUGACUCGCAAAAUCAGCUGUUGCAACAGAUUCUGAUGGCCGUGCAACAGGAUGUGACGCCGCAAUUGCGUCGCAAAAUUUGCGAGGUAAUUGCCGAGGUGGCACGAAAUUUAAUCGACGAGGAUGGCAACAAUCAGUGGCCGGAUAUUCUUCAAUUUCUGUUCCAAUGCGCCAAUUCACCCACACCGCAGCUGCAGGAGUCGGCACUGCGCAUCUUUAGUAGUGUGCCCUCAAUCUUUGGUAAUCAGGAGACACAAUACAUUGAUCUAAUUAAGCAGAUGCUGGCCAAGAGCAUGGAGAACACUGGCGACGCCGAAGUACGUGUACAGGCUGUCCGAGCCAUUGGCGCCUUUAUACUCUAUCAUGAUAAGGAAAAAGAGGUAACCAUAUACAAGCACUUUGCUGACUUACUGCCCCGUAUGAUUGUCAUCACGGGCGAAACGAUUGAAGGACAGGACGACCAGAGUUUGCUCAAGCUGCUUAUUGAUAUGACCGAGAAUUGUCCGAAGUAUCUGCGACCACAGUUGGAGUACAUAUUUGAAAUGUGCAUGAAGGUGUUUAGCUCGCAGGACUUUGAAGAUAGCUGGCGUCAUUUGGUGUUGGAGGUGAUGGUUUCCCUGGCAGAAAAUGCGCCCGCAAUGGUGCGAAAGCGUGCAGAAAAAUAUAUUGUUGCACUCAUUCCGCUUGUGCUGCAAAUGAUGACGGAUCUGGAUGAGGAUGAGGAUUGGGCAACGGCCGAUGUUGUCAAUGAAGAUGAUCAUAGUGAUAAUAAUGUUAUUGCUGAAUCUUCGCUGGAUCGAUUGGCAUGCGGCUUGGGUGGUAAAAUGGUUUUGCCCCAUGUUAUGAACGCUUUACCUGGCAUGUUAAAUCAUGCCGAUUGGAAGCAUCGUUUUGCUGCUCUAAUGGCAAUAUCCGCUAUUGGCGAGGGCUGUCAUAAGCAAAUGGAAACCAUACUGGAUCAGGUUAUGUCUGGUGUGCUUAACUAUCUGCGGGAUCCCCAUCCACGCGUGCGUUAUGCUGCUUGCAAUGCAAUCGGACAAAUGUCCACAGACUUCGCGCCCACAUUUGAGAAGAAGUUCCAUGAGCAGGUGGUCCCUGGCUUGCUCUUGUUGCUUGAAGAUGAGCAAAAUCCACGGGUGCAGGCUCAUGCUGGCGCCGCUUUGGUCAAUUUUAGUGAGGAUUGUCCCAAAAAUAUAUUGACACGCUAUCUGGACGCCAUCAUGGCCAAGCUGGAGCACAUUCUGAAUUCCAAGUUUAAAGAGCUUGUCGAAAAGGGCAACAAACUAGUGUUGGAGCAGGUGGUGACCACCAUAGCAUCAGUGGCAGAUACGUGUGAGCAUGAGUUUGUCGCUUAUUACGACCGAUUGAUGCCCUGCCUCAAGUUCAUAAUUCAGAAUGCUAACUCUGAGGAUUUGCGUAUGCUGCGUGGCAAAACAAUUGAGUGUGUGAGUCUUAUUGGGCUCGCGGUAGGUCGUGAGAAAUUCAUUGCAGACGCCGGCGAAGUUAUGGACAUGCUGUUAAAGACCCAUACCGAAGGCGAUUUGCCCGAUGAUGAUCCGCAGACAUCUUACUUGAUAACCGCGUGGGCGCGCAUGUGUAAGAUAUUGGGCAAACAAUUUGAGCAGUACUUGCCGCUCGUUAUGGGUCCAGUGAUGCGUACCGCGGGCAUGAAGCCAGAGGUGGCCUUGCUGGAUAACGAUGAGGUGGAGGAUAUUGAAGGCGAUGUGGAAUGGUCGUUUAUUACACUAGGAGAACAGCAAAAUUUUGCGAUACGCACUGCUGGAAUGGAGGAUAAAGCUUCUGCUUGCGAGAUGCUCGUUUGUUAUGCACGUGAAUUGAAGGAGGGCUUUGCCGAAUAUGCUGAGGAGGUCCUUCGUCUAAUGUUGCCGCUGCUCAAGUUCUAUUUUCAUGAUGGUGUGCGUUCAGCUGCUGCUGAAUCAUUGCCCUAUUUGCUCGAUUGCGCUAAAAUUAAGGGUCCUAACUAUUUGGAGGGCAUGUGGCUUUAUAUUUGCCCGGAAUUGAUUAAGGUAAUCAAUACGGAACCGGAACCUGAUGUACAAUCCGAACUACUCAAUUCGCUGGCCAAGUGCAUUGAAACUCUCGGUCCUAACUGUCUUAAUGAGGAAGCCAUGAAGCAGGUGCUCGAGAUAAUCAAUAAAUAUGUUCUCGAGCAUUUUGAGCGCGCCGAUAAGCGUUUGGCCGCCCGCAAUGAAGAAGAUUACGAUGAUGGCGUUGAGGAAGAGCUAGCUGAACAGGAUGAUACCGAUAUCUAUAUACUGUCUAAGGUGGUGGACAUCAUACACGCUCUCUUCCUAACCAACAAGGCGCAAUUUCUGCCCGCCUUUGACCAAGUUGCACCGCAUUUCGUCAAACUUCUGGAUCCCAAUCGUCCGUUCGCCGAUCGUCAAUGGGGCGUAUGCGUAUUCGAUGAUCUAAUUGAAUUCUGUGGACCCGCUUGCACACCGUAUCAGCAAAUCUUUACACCUGCCUUGCUCCAAUAUGUGCUUGAUAAAUCGCCGGAUGUACGCCAAGCCGCUGCCUAUGGCUGUGGCGUUUUGGGUCAAUUUGGGGGAGACCAGUUUGCCCAUACCUGUGCACAGAUCAUUCCGUUGUUGGUACAGAUGAUCAAUGAUCCGCGGGCACGCGAAAUUGAGAAUAUAAAUGCUACGGAGAAUGCUAUUUCAGCAUUUGCCAAAAUACUUAAAUACAAUAAGUCAGCAUUGACCAAUUUGGAUGAGCUAAUAGCCGUUUGGUUCUCGUGGCUACCCAUUUCUGAAGAUCCCGAAGAAGCUGUCCACAUUUAUGGAUAUCUCUGCGAUCUAAUUGAGGGAAAUCAUCCAGCUAUUUUGGGCGCAAACAAUUGUAAUCUGCCACGCAUCGUUUCCAUCAUUGCAGACUCCUUUUGCAGAAACGUUUUGGAAGCAAAGAGCGCACCUGGUACCCGCAUGCUAACCAUUGUUAAGCAAAUCGAAUCCAAUCCGGAUGUUAUGCAGGCCUGUGCCAGCACUUUGAGUCCCGAGCAGCAGCAGGCGUUGCAGGAUGCCUAUCGGGAGUUGGCUAGUGUACCAUCUACCUAAAAAACCAAGUGGAAAAAGGGCUGCAACUUUCAAAAGCUCCAGCGCAGCUCAUUAAAUGAAAAUAUAUUAAACAAAAAAAGCAAAAAAAACU